GUGAAGAGAUUCGAAGGUCGGUUCCACCAGAAGACGACGGCGGACUCCUCUCGACCAGCUGUAGAUUGGUUUUAUUUGAAGAUUCAUGCUGACGCUGUCUCCGAGGCAAUCUCCUUCGAUUCCAGUCACAUGACGACAGCAUCAAAGCGAGGUAACAUCGUCACAACGAAAUUCAAGCUAAAGAGUCAAGCCAGUGAGUUUUCUUGA